GUUUAUUUCACAAUACUAAACACUGUUAGACGCGUUCUGUUUUUAGUGAACAACACUCGUUGUUUGUUAAUGUAAAAGGAGAUGAAAUAAGUCAUUACUUAAGGUGUAUUACGUAAAAUUUAUCACUGCUUUAUUGUUUUAACAGUUAAUAUUGUGUUAGGCAAAAACAUUUGAUUUAGAUGUUUUAAAAACGGUCGGAAAAGUGUAAAAAAUUAAGACAAUGUUGGAUGCAUUUUGAAGUUCAUUUAUAAAGUAUUUUGUACCUGAGAAAAAAGACAUUAUACGAAAUAUUUAUUAACAAUUUUAACCAUUGCGUGUAAAUCGCGCCGCAGUAUGCCUUGUGCGUGCUGUUCUGCACAAUUCUCCAUUUUAAAGUGGAAGUCAAGAUGCUCAAACUGUUUUCAACUAUUUUGCUCUGACUGUAGCAUCGGCAGAGAAUGCAGGCCGUGUUGCUAUGUCAACAGGUGUAAAUCCUCAAAGACAAGCUUGAUGCAAAUCAAGGUGAAAGACCUACAGGGGUAUCUUAAGAACUUUAAAAUUGAGCACAGAACAUGCAAAGAGAAGCACGAGUUGGUUAAACUGAUACAGAAUCAAUUCGGCAUCACAUCAAGUGAGAAUAUCCAACCACCAAGUUCAUAUACUACCCAUGACAAUAGGGCCAAUGAAGAUCAAAGAAGAGAUGACAAUUCUGACCAGAAUCAAAGUGAAAACUCAAGCACCGACGACCCAGCUGUGCAUCUGCCAACUCCCCCCACAUACCAAAGGACACAGGAGUCUUUUCCUACAGCAGAACAAUUCAAUGUGUCAAGUUCAGGCAAUGAUAGUUCAAUAGCCACACCGAUAGUGAUUGAGGACACUGAAGAAUCAACGUCAACACAUAAUAACGCAAAUACAGUAGAAAAUAAUGAAGUAACUGAAGAAACAAGCACCUCUUAUGCAUUCUCAUCACCAGCAGUUGAAAGAACAGCAAAAAAGACUAAAAUCGGGCUUUCUGAGAUUAAAUCUGUUCAAGAAAUUGAGUCUUACUCAAUUAAACAGCUUAAAACCUUGCUUCAAGAAAACUUAGUUAAUUAUAAAGGGGUCUUGGAGCGCACAGAGUUGGUGAACAGGGUAAAAAACUUGUAUGAAGACCAUGUGUCUAAUGAGAGCAAUAUCAGUGAUGAUAUUACUGAGGAAAACAGCUCAUCAUAUGUUACAAAUAAAGAUGAAUUAUUCUGUAAAAUAUGCUGGGAAAGACCUAGAGACUGUGUACUCCUGGAGUGUGCACAUAUGAGCACUUGUAUUACUUGUGGAAAGCAAUUAAGAGAAUGUCCAAUUUGUAGACAACAUAUAGUACGCGCAGUACGGGUGUUCAAAUCUUAACUUCAAAUACGAGGGGUUUUUAAUUAAGAUUAAUUUCGAUUUUUUUUUCGAUUGAAAAUUAAGCUUUCAAGUCUUGAACUGAGUUAAGAAUUGAACUAUCUAUGCAGAAUAAAUGACACUAGCUACUAACUAGUUGCAUUGUAGUAGAUCACGCAAUCUUGUUGUUGUAGCUUGUAGGGGUACUAAUGGGGUUCUAAAUCCCAGUUUCCAUGACGUGCCUCACUGUAUAACCUCACCCAUAUAGAAUAGAAUGUGCAUAUACGCUGUUGGGGUAAUGGGUCAACUCUGGCUUAAAUCCAGGUCCCAUGGCAUGCCUCACUGUAGGACCUCACCCAUAUAGAAUAGAAUGUAAUACCAAACGCCACCUAGGUUCAAUUUAUGGAGUGUAUUUUAAAUAAUUUUCUUCACUACUAAAUGCAAAAGUUACAAAUAUGUUAAAAUAUAUUAUAUUUUAAAAGUAAUUCUACUAAAAAUACCUUUUACUUUUUCCUGCAGCUGCAAUUAUUCAAUUUCCGUUUCAUUUAAAACUGAUUUUUCGCUGAUAGAUUUUAGAUAUGUAAAACAUAUUCUAUCUAUGCUAUUAUAGCUUUAAUUUUAGCAAAAAUAUAUAAACAUAUGCUCACCCAUUUUUAUUGAACAGCUGAAGUUCCAAUUCUCUAAUAACAGCUUUUAAAUGGAAAAAAUUACUUUAUUUAAAUUGGUGCUUUUAACGAUGUCAACAUUUUCUAAACCUUACAUUUCUAUUUAAUUGCUGACAAUUUUUCGCAGUUUUAUUGCAAAUGCCAAACCUUGGAUGAUUUGUGUUUCAACUUUUCAAUGUAAUAAAAUAACUUUUACCCUUC